AUGCGCUUCGCACUCACCUCCCUGCUCGUUGCGCUCUUCGCUGUCAUCGCCAUGGCCGUGACUCCGCAACUCUACGAUGUGAUAGUCAGCGUGCCCGAAGGUUCGCCAAGCGGCAUGCUCGAGGAGAUGAAGGAGAAGGUGCGAAACACGCAGGGAGCCCAGAUCACGCACGAAUACAGCAUCAUCGACGCAUUCGCCGCACGGGUUCCCGAGAGCUUGAUGGGCGAGAUGGGCACCAUGGAGAGCAAUGGAUUCAAGCCGACGAUCGAGGGCGACGGCAUCGUGACCACGCAGAACAAGGACGGCGACAAAGUGGGCAUAUAG